CCAAAGCAAGAAGGCAAAGCGACACAACAAGAGCAAUCUCACACCACACACACACACACAAACACAACUCCCAACCUCGACCACAUCAAAGACGUGACCACUCUCUGCUCUGUGUUGUGAUACGAGACACGCGUCUCCCCCUCCCUAUCCUGACACUUGCAUUGCUCGCGGCCCAGGACCACCGCCACAGUUUGCUGCUGCCGGUUGUGACUGACUCAGAAGGUUCUCACCGCUUGCCAUCAGCACAAGGCACGCCACCCUCUGCGGCAGUGCAUGACAGCAGCACUCCGGCCAGCAGACGCAACAACUGCCUUCAAGGUCCCGGCACAGCUCACGUGGAUGCCCACGCCAGAGAAAGAAUGGCGACGUUGAAGCAAAACAUCAAGAGCGCCCUGCGCCAACGCGGUGUCAAGCUGUGGAAGCCCCCAUAUACGAAAGAUGAUGGCUCUGCUGAUAUCCCAGACGACCUCAUCAACGAAAUCGCAGACUUGGUGGAAUCAGACACCGCUGCCGUCGCUGAGGUGCUGGAGGAUCUGCGGGAGCACUCUGUCCGUAAAGCCGAGAAGAAGAAGAAACCCGCACCAUCUUCGUCAUCGGCAUCCACAUCCUCACGCACGUUCAGCCUGAGCCUGUUCAAGUCUGGGCAGAAGCGGCGAGAGCAGCUGGCGCAGAACAUGGUGUCGUUUAAGAACGACGCGUUUUUCAUGGCGCAGGAGCAAUCGCAGCAGCUCAAGCCGAAGCGGCCCGACGAGGAGCCGGCCUACUUUGACGACCUCACCCCAGAGCAGCAGGCCGAGUAUGAGGCAAGCCUCAAGCACUACCCACCAGCCGGCGUGCGCGGCAGCGACAAGGACAAGUACAAGCAGCGCGCACAGCAGGAAGCAGCAGCGGAGGCGCAACCUGGCUCCAACCACCAGCAGGAGCAGCAAAAGCAGGAAGAACAACCGCAGGAAGAGCAGGACGAAGGAAAUGGCGAUGCUGUCACUGCAAACGGGCACAAGCACCAACAAGAUACAGACACAGACGACGGCGAGGCGAGCGACACGCUUGGGGAGCUGGAGUCGCGGGGAACGACGACGAUGAUCUCGUUUGCACGGUCGCCGUCGGGGACACAGCUCGUGUCUGUCUCCAGGGAAGAAGACAAGGAGGACGCUGAUGGCGAUGGUGAAGCAGCAGCAGGGACUGACGGCGGGAAGAAGAACAAGAAGAAGGACAAGGAGAAGGAGAAGGAGAAGAAGAAGCACGAGAAGGCAAAGAAGCACAAGAAACACGACAAGUCUGUCAACUUUGCUGCUCAGCCAGAGGAUAUUGCAGACACGGACGCGCACGAGCAUAGCCCAGCUGGCAACAGCCAAGAUCAAGAACACCACGAGCAGCAGGAGCACGCCCAGGCGCAGGACGGCGAGGCCGGGGAUGCCGCUGCUGCUGAGUUGGGCGGCAGCGGUGGCGAACACGGACACCCGGCCCGGCGCGAGACGCGCGGAAAGAAGUUCCUGCGAUCGCUGACAAAGCGGUGGCGCAAGAAGGAGGACAAUGGCGCCGGUGCGGGUGUGACCGCAGCCGUCGGUGGGGUGUCGUCGUCAUCAUCGUCGUCAGCCUCCACGGCGUCUGGUGCGGGUGCAGGCUCGCACGUGCGUGUGAUCCAACCGAGCACAGAGCUGAAGGCAAACGAGAUGAAGAUGACGGACGAGCAGCGCAUCGCCGUGAUGAGCAUGGUGCGUGAUGGCAAGCUGUCUGUUGACGAAGCCAUCGCGAAAGUGCUUGCUGUUGAGGAACUGCUUGCACUCGGCAGUCUCCCCGGCGGCGGCACCGGCAAUGAAGGCAAGGCCGACGAGAACGGUGACGCUGGUGAUGGUGCUGAUGGUGCUGAUGGUGCUGAUGGUGAUGGCGCAAAGGAAGGCGAUGAUACGGAAGAGCAGGAAGACGAGGACAUUCGCAUCCCGGAUCAGGCCAGGAAGGCCAUCAUGCACCAGGUGAAACUGGGCAAGCUGACGGUGGACGAGGCAAUCAACCGCAUCCUUGAUGUAGAAUCGCAAAUGAAACGCACACGCGACUUCAAGAAAGCGCUGAGUCAAUCGGAAAUGUUUUCCUCCGACGAGCUUGCGUACAUCAACGCCGCGCUGGAAAACCAGGUGCCGCUGCGGCACAACACCCUCUCCCGCCCCAAGAUGAGCCACCGUAAGCCCAACAGAGAGACGCUUCGCAGCUCGCGCGCAGUCAAGUCUGACUUGUUUAGCGAGGCACCACGGCGCCUGACCGUGACCGCGGGCACUGCCACUCGCACCGCGACAACCAAGACAAAGACCACCACCACUACCACGGUCACUGGCGCUGGCGCUGACGAGAGCGUGGUCGAUGUUGAGCAGGAGGAGGAGACAGAAGAGACGACGCAAGUGGCUGAGGCCGUUGCCGUGACGAGCGAGGAAAGCACACAUGAGCAAGAGCAACAACAGCGGGACGAACAGCAGCAGGAACGGGAACAGGAACAGGGGUCGUUUGCCGUUGUUGCGCCGUCUGGUCGCACGUCGACAUCUGACGCAGCAUCGUCCUCCGUGCACAGCUGGCUGCAGGACAUGCAGCUCGAGAGAUACACGCAGACGUUUAUCGAGCAUGGUUUUGACGACACGGAGUUUGUGUCUGACGUGACGGCGUCUGAUCUUGAUGAGAUGGGCAUCACAGAUGGUGGGCACCAACGCACCAUCCUGGACCGCGCUGCCAUGCUCGCCCACUCAACCGAGGCAGCAGAGUCAACCGAGGCAGUGGAGGAGGAACAGCAUGAGGAAGAAGCGGGGGAAACGGCCGUGGAAGGUGCUGGCGAGGAGGCACAGACGCCGGCGCAGGCAUCAAGCGAAGACGCAGCUGCUAAUGAAGCAGAGAAAGCAGAGGAGGAGAGCGCCGCUGUUGGUGCAGAUGUGGCUGAAGCGCAACAAGACCAUCACCCGCAAGCAGCAGCAAGCGAAGCACAGCAACAAGGGCAAGAACAACCGGAACAAGAAGAAGACGAAGGGGAAGAGGAAACCACAACCACCACUGCAGCCACAACAGCAGCCAGCACCGCCGCUGCUGAAGGCGCAGAGCAGCAGCAACAGGAGGACGCACAAGGAGCAGCGUCAUCAAAGCCAUCAGAGUCAUCGGCACAGGGCGAUGAAGGGUCACAGGCAGCGGCUGUGAAACGGCAGUCCAGCGAGCCGCCCACGUUCAAGGCGUCGGAGCUGCACCUGACAAAAGAACAGCAGCUGGAGGUGUUAAUGCUGGUGAAGAGCGGGAAACUGACGCAAGACGAGGCGGUGGCGAAGGUGCUGCAAUUGGAGGACCAGAUCAAGCGCCAGACCAGCGAGCCCGAGGUGGACGAGGAAGGCUUCACGGUUGUGAAAGACAACGACCCUCGCAACCCGUUUGGGCCGUCCCCUGCCGACCUGUUCAAGGCCACGUUCAGCGACAAGAAGAGGGAGGAUGAUGACGACAGCGACACGACCGACACAGAGCGCGAGGAUGAAGCGGAUGCUGCGGGACACGCGCGCAUGGGCGGUGCUGGCGAUGGCGACGGCGGCGGCGAUAGCGAUGAUGAGGAGCGAAAGCCCCGCGCACGCACGAACACCAUCAAGUUCCGCAUCAAGUCUGUGCCAGAGGCGACGGCUGCGGAGUCCUCGUCUCCAUUUGACGCCUCAAACCCGUUCCUGCAGCCCGUGACAGCAGCACCAGCGACAGCUGAUGCGUUGGCCGGUGAGGGCGCCACCGCAACCACCACCACGACUACUGCUGUGACAGCGGCAGCCACGGGCGACUGGGCAACAGACGCGUGGGGAACAGCGGCAGCAACCGCCACAACGGAAGGGGACAAUAGCAAUGAGGCCGCAUUUGCAACACAGGAGACGCCGGCUGCUGCUGUUGCUGUUGAGCGUGAGCAACAGCAGGGUGGGCAGGGCAGUGGAGAAGAAGGCAGCGGCGCCAAAGAACCCGCCGCCACAGGCCCCCUGUUUGAUGACUCAUCUGUGGAUCCAUUCGCUGUUGCUGCUGAGACGGCAUCUGACGCGAGCGCGUCUGGGUUUGGCGACGACGAUCCGUUUGCCCCUCCGCCCACAACAUCCACAACAACCGCAGCAGCAGCGCAGGAAAAGGGCGAGGAUGCGUUUGCAGUGACGUUUGAUGAGCCAAAGCCGGUGGUCACGAAGGAGGAGGAAGAGGAGAAGAAGGAGGAGAAGAAGGCAGAAGGAGAGGCGAAAGAGCAGCAGGAGGAGCAGGAGGAGCAGGAGGCAGUUGAAGUGAAGAAGGAAGAGGAAGAAGGGGAGGAGAAGGAAGAAGUGAAAGCAGAGGAACAGGCGGAGACAACCAAGGGAGAUGUGACCCCAGCCGCUACCACGGCAGCUGCGCCACAAGAAGAGCCAGAGACCCAAGCAGAGAAGGAGGUCGUUGCAGCAGAGGUUACCCAUGAGAAGAGAGAGGGAGAGCCGAAACCUACAACGGAGACGGUCGAUGUGCACGAAGGGAAGCCAGCGCCUGAAGAGAAGCCAGCAGAGGCAACAACAGGUGCCGCUUUCCUGGAAGCACCAAAGCAGGAAGCGCAACAGGCACCAGCAACAGCAACGCCAGCAACAACACCAGCGGCAGCAGCAGCCGAGGAGGCGACAGCGGCACAGCCAACAGAGAAACCAUCUGCAAUAACAGCUGCGCCUGCAACAACAGGUGUGCCGCUGUCUGUGGCGGCGAUUGCGGCGAAGAAGAAGAAGCCGCCACCGCCACCGGUUGCGCGCAAGACGCCCGGCCACUCUCGGCAAGGGUCACAGACGUCCUCAACGCCUGCGUCGCCAGCAAGGACGGCAGCAGCACCUGCGGUUGCAGCGAAGAAGAAGAAGAAGGCGCCACCACCUCCGCCCGUGAAGAGAAGAGAUACACACAGCCGCACGGCCAGCAACGUGAGCACCGCGAGCAGCGGCGCAGGUGGCAGCGUGAGUGACGCUGUGACCACGCCCACGUCUACAGCAGAUGGGCACGCCCAACAGGCGAAGCCAGACGCAGCGCCAGUCACGCAGCAGCAGCAGCAGCAGCAGCAGGCUGAGGUGGCAAUGAAGGCGGAACAAAUCACAGCAUCGUCGUCAACAACAACUACAACAACAACAACAGCAACCGUGACAAGCGCUACGGCCACGACAGCCACGAAGACAGUGACUGCGUCUGCCAGCGCAGCGUCGGGCCACAGUCGCAUCUACCAGGCACUGAACCCGCAGGUGCUGUGGGCGGAGACGGACGAGGACCGCAAGCGACGCGAAGCGAAGAAGACGGUGCUCACCGGUGUUGGCACAGGGCAGACGACACGACAGGCCGCCCUGGGCGAACUCGGGUUUGAGCUCCAGGACAGCGAGGAUUUGGCCAAGGCCGAGGCCCGCAUCGAAGAGCUGCGCAAGAAGGCGCACGAGACAAUGACGGAGUUUGACACGGCCGUUUCCUCCUCAAAAGCGUCAACGCAACAGCAGCAGCCGAGGGGCGGCAAGAAGGGCCCCGCUGUGGCGAAGAAGACGGCCUCUGUGAAGAAGAAGCAAAAGCCAGCGCUCACCUCACAGUCGAGCAACCCCUUUGACAUGAGCAACCCGUUUGCAGACGCAACAGCACCACUGCAGACAAGUCAGGGCGACAGCGAUGAUGAUUUCUACGACGACGACGAUGACGACAACAACAGCAGCACCGCAUCUGGCUCAAACAAGCGCUCCUCCGUCAUCUCGGUGACAAGCAUCAACUUUGACGAGGACUUUAUGGCUGAGCUUGAGCGACGGCGUGCAGAGCGCGCUGAGGAAGAGAAGAAGCAUGCCGAGGCGCUGCGCCGCGAGUAUCUGCGCAAGAAAGCCGAAGAAGAGGUAGCGAGGUCGUCGGAGAUGGAACACUUACAGCGCGAGCUGGAAGAGAAGCGCAGGCGCGACGAAGAGGAGAAGGAGCAAGCCCAGCGUGAGCUGAUGGCGCGGGCAGACGAGAUCCAGUUUGACUUCAAGUGGAACUAGAAGCAGCAGCACGUGGGCGCUUGUGUCACCGUGUGAUGGCAUUAUGAUGAUUGUGCCGUGUUUAUUCCUCAUGCUCACCUCUUACUGAGUCUCUCGCCUGUGCGCCGGUUUUGUGUUGCGAGGCAUGCAUCCCUCCUUCUCCCCAUUCCAUCUCACUCGUGCACACACUCUUCCUUCUUUCCCUUGUUAGCGGCAUGUAUUGGAUGUUGUCGAUGCGUACGCUGAGCACGCAGUUGAGGGCUGCUUUCAUUUUUUAAGUGCAAUGCUGUUUGGUGUGAGAUGUGAAUGCGACAGUCCUGCUUCUUGUCAAUACAGUUGUAACAAACCGCACA